CCAUUGUUCCAUAGUAGAAAUUUUUUGGUGUGAGUUCCGUAGUAGAAAUCGAAGAUGAAAAACCCCAGUGGCAGGCAGUGAGUAUUGAAGUUAGGAGAUGGGCUUUUCUGGAUCUGGGAGCUAGAGUGAAAGGAGAGAUCCAUCGAGACGGUGCAAAACGGCGUUUUAGGAUUUAACUUGGUGGCGACAAAGAAGAUCGGAGGAGGAUCAGCGUAGAACUAACAAAAUCUUGUGAAGAGAGAAAAGAUGGAAGGAGGAGGAGAAGAAGAAGUGAGCAUCAAAGAGUUGGCUUCGAACCUCACUACCUACAAAGAGCAGCUCCAACAGGUGAGGCAGCUUUUGUCUGAAGACCCUAGAAACUCGGAAUAUGCAGAUAUGGAAAAGGAGCUUAAAGAGGAACAAUGCUCUCUUGGAAGCUGAAAGACUAGCUGAAGCUACCAAGAAUGCACUCAAAAGAAAGAUUGAGCAAGCUGCGAGUUCUGAUUAUCAAUCCAAAACUCUACCUGCAAAGCUUAAAAUCGAUCCUAAUGAUCCCGAGGAUGUGAAAAUUGCAAAGCGGAGGAAGAUACAUGCGUUCAAGUCAAAGGCGAGGCAGGAGCAGCUAGAGGUUGCACAGAAUACUUGGCAGCAGUUUCAGACAACUAAAAAGGUAGGGUUCUAUACAGGGAGGAAGAAAGAGAGUAUAUUCAAAUCCCCAGAGGAUCCGUUUGGAAAAGUGGGUGUGAUUGGAAGUGGUAAAGGUUUGACAGAUUUUCAGAAGCGAGAGAAGCAUCUUCAUCUCAAGUCUGGUAAUGCUGAGGGCAUUGAUGAGUAAGAGGGAUUUUAUGUUUUCCAAGGAUUUUCAGGUACUUAGAAACAAUGUCUCCAUGUUCCAUCCCAUGGAUAAUACGACAAAAUUAGUGUUGGUGUUGGACUAUUUGCUAUUCUGGCAAUUUAGGCCAUGCUCAUUUACAUGCUACUUGCAACUCUGCCCAUCGUAAGUCAUUAGUAUUUAAUAUUUCUGUGAUUAACAAACGAGAUUUAGUCUAUGAUAGAUAAUCCUUUCAUCA